CACGCGUCGCACUUACACAGUUCACAGUUCACAAAUCGCAACAUAUUUCUAUAUAUAUAUAUAUACAUAAACUUGUCAUAUUUGACUAAACUAUUAGACGCUCUUCAUCAUGUCCGAGGAAGUGCCCGCCAAGGGCAGCAUUUUGGGCAAACUGGUGCCCGCACGCUAUGUGCUCGCCAUACUCGGCUCCAUUGGCAUGGCCAUUGUCUACGGCCUGAAGGUGAAUCUCAGCGUGGCCAUGGUCGCCAUGGUCAACCACACGGCCAUACACCAGCUGCAGCAGCAGUCAGCCGGUCACCAUAGCAUUGCGAAUGCCACGACCAGCGAGAGCAAUCCCGUCGAGCAGUGCUCGCCACCAGGUGGCGCCACCAAUGUCACCGCCAAGGUUGAGGACGGACCCUUCAGCUGGAGUGAACCAUUGCAGGGCACGCUGCUGAGCUGUUACUUCUGGGGCUAUCUGGUCUCGCAGAUACCAUUGGCUCAUGUGGCCGAGAACUUUUCGGCCAAGUGGGUCAUGCUGUUCUCGGUGGCCAUCAAUGUGCUGUGCACCCUGUUGACUCCUGUCUUGACUGCCUCCCAUUAUGGCGGCUUGAUUGUGAUGCGUGUGCUGGAGGGCGUGGGCGGCGGCGCCUCGUUUCCGGCGAUGCAUGUCAUGAUCGCCUCUUGGGCACCGCCCACAGAGCGUAUGGUCAUGUCCACCAUCAUCUAUGUGGGCACAUCGGCUGGCACUGCACUCUCCAUACUGCUGGCCGGCGUCUUGUCCGCCUCCUGGGGCUGGGAGUCGGUGUUCUAUGUGAUGGGCGCUCUGAGCUGCAUCUGGAUGGUGCUGUGGGUAUUCUUAGUGCAGGACAAUCCCAACAAGCAGCGCUUCAUUAGCGCCGAGGAACGGCAUAUGAUCACCAGCUCGCUGGGCACCGAAACAAAGGUCGAACAUCAUCCAAAGGUGCCAUGGGGAAAGGUGUUCACCUCGGUGCCAUUCUGGGCCAUACUCAUUGCGCACACCUGCAACAACUUUGGCUGGUACAUGUUCCUCAUCGAGAUUCCAUUCUACAUGAAGCAGGUGCUCAAGUUCAAUGUGGCCAGCAAUGCGGCACUCAGCGCUCUCCCCUAUUUCCCGAUGAUCAUAUUCAGCAUAUUACUCGGCAAAGUGUUGGACACGCUGCAAGCGAAGGGUAAAGUAAGCACAACUUGCGCUAGAAAGACGGCCACCUCGAUUUGUACCAUUAUACCGGGCAUAUGCCUGCUGAUCCUGUGCUAUAUCGGCUGCCGUCACUAUGAGGCCGUAUCCAUCAUGUCUGUGGGUAUUGUGGCAAUGGGCGCCAUGUUCUCUGGCUUCCUGUCCAAUCACAUUGAUAUCGCGCCCAACUUUGCUGGCACUUUGGUUGCGUUGACCAACACUGCUGCCACCUUGCCUGGCAUUGUGGUGCCGCUUUUCGUUGGCUUUGUCACCCAUGGAAAUCAAAAUAUUAGCGCCUGGCGCAUCAUCUUUGGCGUUACGAUCGUAUUGUUCGCGCUGGAGUUCUUGGUCUUCGCCAUAUUCGGUUCGGGUGCUGAGCAAUCGUGGAACAGAUCUGGUGCCCAGAAGGAGGCUGAGGUCAAGGAUGAGAAGACACCGCUUAAGGAUGUUAAUGCACCGCUAAAGCCAUAAAUUUGUAAUCUCGCUAGAUAAUUGCCAGCCGCAUAUUGCAUUUCAUUUGCAUGAAUUUUGAAUUUUGUGUAGUUGAAGCACCGAACUAUCGCCCUGGACUGUAAAUACUACAAAUACCAAUUAUAGUUUUUAGUUUAUCCUGUAAUUAUUAGGUAUACUCGUAUCUGUGCGUCUAUGGACAUUACGUCUAUGCUUAACCGCCUAACCAAAAUGUACUUAACAAACGACAAGAAUUCACAAGUUUAACCGCAUACAGAGUAAAUAAAAU